UUCCGCUGACGAGAAGGAGGUGCUGCUGAGCUAGAUGAGUCAGACAACGCCAGCGUCGGCUGGGACGCUUUCAGGCAGACCGAGGCGAACAAAAAACACAGCGACCAGCAGUCUAGACUGUGCAAGGCUAAGCUCGCUUCAGAGGAAUUCGUUUCGCAAACACAAAAAGGGUUUUUGUUGUCUUUCAUUUAUGGUGGACGGAUACGCAAACUGUUGCAGAUUGACCGAGUAGCUCGCAUCAACCAUGAGCGGGGUACUCAAGAGAAAGCUGGACAAGGUGGAUGAGGACCCUUGCUACUCUUCCUCCUCCCCCUCUUCCUCCUCAGGAUGGGAGUCGGACGGGGAGAGCUCCUCCCCCGAGACCCUGGACUCCAGGCCCCACAAUCCCAGCGCCUUUCCAGCUCAUUUCUCCACUACGUCAAUCUUGAAGAGAGCCAAGCGUAUUCGGAGAAACAACGUGCAAUUCGACCAGGUCACUGUGUUCUUCUUCCCGCGCUGCCAGGGCUUCACCAGCGUGGCCAGCAGGGGGGGCUGCACCCUGGGCAUGGGCAGGCAGCACAGCGCCUGCAGGCGGUACACGCUGUCGGAGUUUGCACAGGAGCAGCAGCACCUCCGCAGGGAGAAGCUCAAGGAUCGUCUCCGGGAGGAGAAACUGGAAGUCCUUAAGCAAGAGCUAAUUAAAAAUGGUGCUGUGCAGUCCAAAGAGGCGGCCCAGCUGACACUGGAUGACGUGUCUGAAGAUGACAUUGACGUUAGCGGAGUGGACUUUGAGGGUGGCUUCUUCCUCCAUCCCUAUCCAUCCAAGAGACGGCAUGCGCUGCUGAAGGCCGCCGGUGUCAAGAAGAUCGACAAAGAGGAGAAGCGUGAGCUGCACGCCAUCAGGCUCUCCCGGGAGGACUGCGGCUGCGACUGCCAGGGCUUCUGCGAGCCCGAGACAUGCAGCUGCAGCCUGGCAGGGAUCAAGUGCCAGAUGGAUCAUUCUUCAUUUCCCUGUGGCUGCACAAAGGAUGGCUGUGGGAACACACAGGGCCGGAUCGAGUUCAACUCAAGCCGCGUUCAGACACACUACAUCCACACUAUCAUGAAGCUGGAGCUGGAGAAGAGGCUGGAGGAGAGCACUGACACUGGGGAGCAGUGUGAGAGGAGGCAGUGGCUGGAGGAGAGCACUGACACCGGGGAGCAGUGUGAGAGGAGGCAGUGGCUGGAGGAGAGCACUGACACUGGGGAGCAGUGUGAGAGAAGGCAGUGGCUGGAGGAAAGCACUGACACCAGGGAGCAGUGUGAGAGGAGGCAGUGGCUGGAGGAGAGCACUGACACUGGGGAGCAGUGUGAGAGGAGGCAGUGGCUGGAGGAGAGCACUGACACCGGAGAGCAGUGUGAGAGGAGGCAGUGGCUGGAGGAGAGCACUGACACCGGGCAGCAGUGUGGGAGGAGGCAGCAGCUGAGCCCCUUUGUUUUCCAGUCAGAGGAGGAGCUCCUGACCGUUUCCACCAGCCCCAGCUUUCACUUCAGCGCAGAACUGGACCCUAUUGGAGAGAGCAGCUGCAGCAGCGACAUGACAGACUCCUCCAGCUCCUCGAGCCAGAGCGAGUACUCCUCGGGGCUGUGUGCUGGCAGCAGCAGUCCUCAGUCUGAUAAGCCGCAGUCUGAUGUGGAUGAUAAUGGGCUGGCCAGGAUUCUCAGCUUCAAUGACUCUGACAAUGAGGACUGCAGUAGCAGCAGCAGUGGUGACAGCUGUGACCGUCAGCGACAGGUGAACUUUGGCUGCUUCAACACCUUGGACUUCUUUAAUGAUAACAUUGUCGAGGACCCCCAACGCAACACGAAUGGUGGGGACAGCAGUAGCAGACAUGUGUGUGGCCACAUGUCCAGCAUUUCGGAGUGCUUGGAUGAAAACGCCAACCAAGACACUACGAUGUUCCACAGCAGUGGCUCAAGCCAGGCAUUCCCCAGCACCCCGUCCCCUUCGAUCGAUCACUCGUCUCCGAGCUACAUGGACCUCAGCCUCUCAUCAGACUCAGAUUUUGAGUUCUUCCAUGGAUUUCAGGAUUAUAGCCCUGGUCCUCUUUAUAACUCUUUGAAAGAAUAUGAGAAUCUGGACAGCUUUCUUCAGUUCCAGAUCCCCAGCUUCCCCCAAAACGGGGACCCCGGCACGUGCUUUUUGGAGUCUCUGAUUGGUGUGUCGGAACCCGUCCCAGAACCCCCUGCUGCUUUCACAGACAAUCAGCUCCUUGAAGAAGCCAUCAAGUCAUCAGUAAUGGAAUCUGUGAUGGUGUAAAACACGAUGCAGUUUCAAUCUUUACAAACUCACCAUUUCAAAAGAGAGAAACUCAUUUAAUAAGGACUGUAUAUAGGGGUUUUUCACAUUUGACGUUUGGAAGACUUGAUUGAUUUUAAGAAAGCUGUGAUUUUUUUUUUUUAAAUGUGUAAAGAUAUGUCUUAUUUAGCCUCCAAAAAAUGUAGUACGAAUCAAACUGUGCAAACUGGCAGCUAACACACAUUCUACUCAAGCUCUCUGGCCUUUUCUGUAACCCAAGGGCUGCAGAUAAAUCUCAAAAGACUGGGAGCUUUUGUUUUUUUACAGUGACGCUUUAGUCAAGUUCUGAGUGCAUUUGUUGUAGAAGCUGCCAUGUGUGUAUAUAAUGUUUCAUUUUUUAUUUUGUUGCUAGUAUUUUAUUUCAAAAAACAUUUAUUAUUAUUAUUAUUAUUAUUAUUAUUAUUAUUAUUAUUAUUAUUAUUAUAUUUUGUCCUAAACUUGCAUUCAGAGUGCAUCUAAAAGGCAUCUUAAGAAGGAAUAUUAAGUGCAACAACAGACUUCUCCUUGGGUUUAAUGUUAAUCGGGGCACCGCUGUCCUUAUAGCGGCUUAUAGAAAAAUCUCAAAUGCUGUGAUAGCUGUGUGCGAUUCUCUAUUGCUAGAGCCAUUUGCUGUGUUCACCGUGGCUGCUGGUUUUGUUACCUGGUGCUUUUUAAAAGCCGCUAUAAACAUGAACAGUAGAGCUGCUGUUUGGGCAGCUUCACUAUCAUGCCAUUUCAGAUACUUUACCCCUGGCAAACAUUGAGCUCUAUUUUAACAACACGAAACCUGUCGCAUGGUACUCGCAUUUCCUUUCUGAUGUGUUGAGAUACUCUGGAGCAGCACAUGUGUUUUGGAGUUGUGGUGUUUGUGUACAGCACUGCUCUGAGUUACAGCAAUCAUUAAUAUGAACAUUUCUAUUUAUUACAAGCAUAAUGCUUUGAAACUUCACGAGUGUAACAAACUAUAAUCUGUAAUACCUCAAGUAUUACAUCUUCUAAUUUAUUUUAUGCAACUUCUCUGUAUUUAUUCAGAAGAACGGAGGCUCUGAGGCUUUGUUAGGUGGGCUUUUUGAAAGUGCAAUCUUGUUUUUUAGUAGCACCAUCCCAAAACUAAACACUGCUUUCCUCAACCGUUUACCUUUCUUUAAUGAAACUUACUGGUUUAGCUUCUGUGGAAUCUGAUCUCAGAAAAACGAAUCUUGGGUGGGGAGGCAUAUGAGACGCCCAUCGAGUUGACCGGGGGGUGUUUUAGUGAGAAACCGGGAAAUUAUAAAUGAGUUUGUCGCAUUGUUUUAGUAUAUUUGGAUUUAAAUUAUUGGGUUCUAAUUUAUUUAAUUAGUGCUUUGGUCUCUGUCCAGGGUGACCCAGUCUUGUGCCUGAUAUGCAGAGAAACCAGCUACAGCGGCCCACACAAUCCAGGGGGCUUUAUUUAGUGUGGGACUGUGCAAUUGGUUCUUGGUAAUUUUACUUUUCAAAGUGCAAAGUAAAAUGUUGAGUUAUAGGGGUCGAUUUGUGCUUCAUGUACAGCGUGUCAAAUAUUCAGAAUUGUUGUAAAUAAAUUGCAUAUAGAAUCAAAAUUAACCUGUAUUAAGAAAAUCAGACUAUUUUAGAAGGAAUCACAUUUGUCUUUUUAAAAUACCUUUUGUGCUAAAAAACAAACAAACAAAAAAAUAUAUAUAUAAAUAAAUAAAUAAAAUUUUGCAAAUUCUGAAAGAUUUGUAAUAUAUAAUAAACUAUUUUAUUUGAUAGUAAUGAAGGUUGUUGUUGUCAAGCAUUUAACCUCUAUGUGACUGUCAGGAAGGAUUCAUGUAUUUUUAAAAGUUUGUUUUGUGAACUGCAUCAACACCAGUGCUUCAUUCUUCAGUGUAAGGUUGGGGCAAAAGAUUUUGCACCGUGGCCAUGUUACCCUCAACAGGCUUAUUGAUUUGGCAAUUCUCAGAACUAAAAUGUGCAAACAUUUUUAAAAAAAAUCUUAAGGCAUUGCAACACUUUGAUGCAUAUAUUGCAGGGUUUACAAUCCAGUGAUCUGGUGUCUAUUUUGUAGUUUUUACUAUUAAUAAGCAGUUGAAGAAUGAUAAUCUCUGUCCUGUCCCUAAACAGUCAGAAGUUACUGUAUACAGUGGACUGUUCAAACUGCUGAGGCACUACUACAUAUCCAAACGGUACUAAAUUCCAUUUACAAAAGGCUUUGUAUUUGACAGGCAUUCAGUAUAUGCUGGCUCUUGCAUGUGCUGUUAGUCGCUCAUUCCUAGGGAUCUCUGCAUAGAGCCAAUCUGCAGUAUGAUCUGCUGCAGGUACGACUGCUUUGCUGCCUUGCUUUUGUAAAAUUUAUUAGUUUUUUUUUGUGUUUGUGCCAACAAGAGGGCACCAGGUUCUGUAAAUAAGUUGUCUUCUAUUGUACAAAAAAAAAAUGCUUCUGAAGAAAACCUGGAUAUUUAUUAAUGUGAUCCAAUUAUGAUUUUAUUGUUUUGUGUUGAUCUUGGAGCUGUUUAUUUCACAAUGACCUUAUUUCUGCUUUUUUAUGUAUUGUAAAUAUUUCUUUUUAUUAUAAUUUGCUUAAAAGGUACUGCAGAGCAACAAUAGAAAAAAAAAAAAACUAUUUUUUACAUUCCUUGUAAAGAAUGCAUUCUGUUUUAUAAACGCUGCUCAUUUCAUCCAAGUAAUAUGAAGACAUCUCUAUUAAUAUUAAAAUAUUGGAAAUUGG